AUGAAGGCGCCAUCGACGGCAGCACUGCUGGUGCUUGCCAGUCUAUGUCUUGACCAAGCUCUUGCUUUGAGCGACGAUAUCAAGUUGAAGGCCAAAUACCAGGACGCUUGUCCAGCAUAUGAGCACUAUUCUCGCUUUGCACAGUACGGUCAUGCAUCGAUGCGCUAGAGAAUCAAAGACCUGACGUUGCAAUAGCCACCCGUACAGCGAAGGACCCAUGUCCCUACCCUACCAACGACCAUCGCCCGCCUGCCGCACAUUCGAAUCGGAGCUCGUCGAGAAGAUCAUCCGAGACUUGAAUGCUAGUAUGGUAGACAAAGACAUGGCUCGCCUGUUUGAGAACGCAUUCCCGAACACGUUAGACACGACGGUGAAGUGGCAUGUGGACUCGACACAAAAGCAGGAGGGUACGAUGCAGCAGAUAUUGAGCAUCACUGGGUCGGGAGCUUGGGAAGGGCCACAGAGCUUCAUCGUGACAGGAGAUAUCAAUGCGGAGUGGCUGCGGGAUAGUACAAACCAAUUGGCACAGUACCAGCGAUUGGCGAAGAAGGACAAGCGGAUCGAGAACCUGAUCCUUGGGGCAAUCAACACUCAGGCCGAGUAUGUGAUUGAAUCUCCAUAUUGCAACGCUUUUCAGCCGCCUCCGCCGAGCAAGCUACAUCCAAGCGACAAUGGCCAGGGCGAUAAUGUCCAUCCUGCGUUCGAGCCCAGCCAAGUCUUCGAGUGCAAGUACGAGCUAGACUCUUUAGCUCACUUUCUCUCGCUGACGAAUCAAUUCUGGAGUCACACUGGAUCAACCGCCUUCUUGACCACUAGGUGGUACAAAGCAGUAGAGACCCUACUCCACGUCUUGGACCAACAGAGCGAGUCGACAUUCGAUGAAGAGACUGGCGCAUUCAAGCGUCAGACAUACCGAUUUCAGCGGAACACCAACACCGGCACCGAGACACUCUCACUGGCGGGCAAUGGCAAUCCCCUCAACUACGGGACCGGUCUUAUCAGGUCAGCUUUUCGUCCGAGCGACGAUGCUACUGUUUUUGGCUUCUUUAUCCCGGCGAACGCGAUGAUGGCUGUUGAGUUGAAGCGUGCUGCUCAGAUGCUCGAUGCGGCAGGUAAGCCGCACGUUGCGCAGACUCUCAAGAACCGUGGCGAGGCCAUCGAGAAGGGCGUCUGGGAAUACGGUGUAGUGAAUCACAAGAAGUGGGGCCACGUCUUCGCUUUCGAGGUUGAUGGCUACGGCUCAUCGCUUCUCAUGGACGACGCAAAUCUACCAUCGCUCCUGGCGCUACCACUGAUGGGCUUCGUGAAGAAGGAAGAGCGCACCUACCAGAACACCCGCAAGAUGAUUCUCUCGAAGGAAGGAAACCCGUAUUUCCUGCAAGGCAGGGCAUUCAAGGGGAUCGGUGGUCCUCACAUCGGCCUGAACAACGCUUGGCCCAUGUCUCUACUUGUGCAGGCGAUGACGAGCGACGACGACGACGAGAUCGGCCAGCUGCUGGAAAUGGUGAAGAAAGCAUCGCCGCUUGGUCUCAUUCAUGAGAGCAUCAACGUUGAGAGAAUUAAGGAUUACACGCGCAGCUGGUUUGCAUGGGCCAAUUCGGUCUUCGCACAGACAAUUCUGGACGUUGCAGAGAGGAAGCCACACCUAUUAUUUGGACCCGAAGCAAAGCCUUAUGUCGUUGGUGAGAGCUGA